UACCCGCCGCGGCGCCGGCGGCCGGCCCGCCGCCAGAGCCGCCCCCAUGGCCGCCUCCAGCCGCGGCGGCGUUGCGUGUAACGGGGCGCGGUGACGGGCGGCGGCAGCGAUGGCGGAGGCCGCCGAGGCGUGGGCUGCGGUGUCCGCCCUGCGGCCGCGUCUGGCGGCGCUGGGCCGGCGUCUGGCGGCGCCCGGGGGAGCGGGCGGCGACGAUGUCUUCUUAGCAAAGGGCUCUGCUACUCUCGACAAAUUGAAGGACCUCUGUAACAAAGGAAAAGAAUGUCCUUCCAUGCUUUUGCAGCUCUAUACACAGGCUGUCUUAGAUAUUACAUACUUUGAGGAAAACCAGCUUGUGGAUGAAGAUUUUCCAGAAGAAUCUUCAUUGCAAAAAGUUAAAGAACUUAUUAGUAUUCUUUCAGAACCAGAAGACCUAGUGCAGGAAUGCAACAUACAUGAAGAACCCAUCAGCAUCCUCGGUGCAGAAUUACUAGAAUGCCUUUACUGGAGAAGAGGCGCCUUGCUUUACAUGUAUUGUCAUACAGCAAAAGAAAGGAAUGAAUGGCUACGAGAAAGCAUUACCAUAUUUAGAAAGUGUCUUCAUGAUGGAGUCCAUUACCUGAUGAAGAUGAUUAGCUUCAGAUACCCUCUUCAGCUAAAUGAAGAUGUCUCACUUCAAGAUAAGGACACAGCUAGAUUACUCAGUGAAGGUAUAUUUAGCGACACUCACUUACUGGCAAUGAUGUACAGUGGAGAAAUGUGCUACUGGGGAUUGCAGCAUGGUGGAGAAGGAAAGCAGGAAAGCCUCGAGACAGUAGAUUGCAUCUCUAACAGUGACCUGAGCUGCAGAUCACAGAGCAUGUUGCUGGAUUUCAGAGAAACCGGCAGAAACAUGUUAAUGAAGUAUGUGGCUGUAUGUGAGGGACCUUUAAAAGGCCAAGGGUGGAACACAGCAACUGCGAAACAAAUGUUGUGUUACUUCGUGAAAUGCCAGAGCUAAAGCAGGCUGCUCUGGCUGUGCUGGAAGAAACCUUGUGUCCCAAGAGCACCCUUGGGGAGGUGGUCUGUGCGUCGGUCUCUGACCGUUCUUCUAAUCAAAAUGUAUACUUUUAUUGCAUUAAAAACAUGCCUUCAAAGAA